CUGCUGACUCGCUUUAUGAGGAAAUGGCGUCCGGUUAUUAGAUCAGCUGUUAUCUGCCGGCCGUGUUUCUACACCCCCACACUUCCAGUCGCAUUCUUUUUGAGGAUCUUUCAUUGUCAAGCCGCCAAAGUGGAGAGUGUGAUCGCAGAGGGGGGUGCUUCUCGUUUCAGUGCUUCGGGUCGAGGAGGUGGUAGGGGUGCAUCGCAGCACUAUCCCAAGUCUGUUGGCAACAGCGAGUUCCUGGGGAAAACCCCGGGGCCUGGCGUUCAGAGAUGGGUUCCUUCACGAAGCACUAGACGAGAUGUCAACUCCUCAAACGAAAAAGAACGACACGAUGCAAUCUUCAGGAAAGUGAGAGGCAUACUUAAUAAACUGGCCCCUGAAAAGUUUGACAAGCUAUGCCUUGAGCUCCUGAAUGUGGGCGUAGAUUCAAAGCUCGUCCUCAAAGGAAUCAUCUUGCUGAUUGUAGACAAAGCCCUUGAAGAGCCGAAGUAUAGCUCGCUAUAUGCUCAGCUAUGUCUGCGUCUGGCAGAGGAUGCUCCAAACUUUGACGGCCCAUCAACAGAGAUCCAGUCAUCACAAAAGCAGAGCACUACAUUCAGGAGACUUCUGAUAUCCAAACUUCAGGAUGAAUUUGAAAACCGCACCCGAAAUGUUGACCUCUAUGAUAAAACUGACAGCCCUCUCACCUCUGAGGAGGAGGAGCAGCGUGCCAUUGCCAAGAUCAAAAUGCUGGGCAACAUCAAAUUCAUCGGAGAACUUGGCAAACUCGAUCUCAUUCAUGAGUCUAUCCUUCAUAAAUGCAUCAAAACACUUCUGGAAAAGAAGAAAAGAGUCCAACUUAAGGAUAUGGGGGAGGAUUUGGAGUGCCUCUGUCAGAUAAUGAGAACUGUGGGGCCAAGACUAGAUCAUGAGAAAGCCAAGUCUUUAAUGGAUCAGUACUACGGCCGUAUGCGAUCCUUAAUGAACAACAAGGACUUGCCUGCUCGGAUUCGUUUCCUGCUUCAGGAUACCGUGGAGUUGCGAGAAAACAACUGGGUUCCUAGGAAAGCUUUUAUUGAUAAUGGACCCAAGACUAUCAACCAGAUCCGUCAGGAUGCAGUAAAGGAUUUGGGUGUUUUUAUUCCACAAAUGUCUCAAGGAAUUAGGACUGACUUCUUUCAAGAAAGUCCUUUCUUGCCGGCGAGAAUUAAACCAGAUCGAGAAACACUCGGGGGAUUAGCAGAUAUGUUUGGGCAGAUGCCAGGCAGUGGGAUUGGUACUGGCCCUGGGGUCAUUCAGGACAGGUUUUCCCCCACCAUGGGCCGUCGCACAAACCCUCUUUUCAAUGGUCACAGUGGCCACAUGGCCCCUGCACCCCAGCCUUUCAUGAAAUCCAACCAGGGGCAGAAUCUGCUUUUCCAGAACCAGACUCAUUCAUCUCAGCAGCAAGCUCAGUCCAAGGAUAUGCCACCACGUUUUAUCAAGAAAGGACAGCUGAAUGCUGAUGAGAUUAGCUUGAGACCUGCUCAGUCAUUCAUUUUAAACAAAAACCAAAUGCCGAAGUUGCAGCCGCAGAUACCUACCAUGAUUCCUCCAAGUGCUCAACCUCCACGCACAUCCACACCUCCGCUGGGACAGCCACCACAGCUUGGCCUGAAAACCAACCCACCUCCAAUUCAGGAGAAGCCACAGAAGACGAUUAAGAAGCCACCUCCUGCUAAGGAGGAACUGCUUAAGAUGACUGAGAAUGUUGUGACCGCUUACUUGAGCAGCAAAGACAUGAACGAUGCUGUGAAUGGGGUGCGAGAGAUGAAAGCUCCCAAACACUUCCUGCCUGAGAUGUUGAGUAAGAUGAUCAUGUGCUCACUGGAGAGCCCAGACGAGGACCGAGAGCAUGUCAGCACUCUGAUCAACAUGCUCCGCAUGGAGGGACUGGUCACAGGGGAGAACUUUAUGCAGGCUUUCCUCAAUGUUCUGGACCAGUGUCCCAAGAUAGAGUUGGAUGUUCCCUUGGUGAAGUCUUACCUGGCUCAGUUUGCUGCCCGGGCGAUCAUUGCUGAGCUUGUGAGCAUGGCAGAGUUGGCCCACCCUCUGCAGAACGGCACCCACUUUCCUCUUUUCCUCCUCUGCUUGCAGCAAAUGACCAAAAUGAAAGAUCGGGAGUGGUUGACUGACCUGUUCCAGCAGAGCAAGGUCAACAUGCAGAAGAUGCUGCCAGAAAUAGAUCAAAACAAAGAUCGUAUGUUGGAGAUUCUGGAGGGGAAGGGCCUGAGCUUCUUAUUCCCUCUGAUGAAGCUGGAGAAGGAGCUGCUGAAACAAAUUAUAGCAGAUCCUGCUCCGCAAACCAUCUACAAGUGGAUCAAGGACAACAUUUCUCCAAAACUGCACACUGAUAAGGGUUUUGUUAACAUUCUUAUGACCAGCUUUUUGCAGUACAUUAUCCAUGAGAUGUAUACCACUGAAGGUGAUGACCAAUUAUCUGCACCUACGAAAGAGCAGCUUGACCAGGAAAAACAGCUGCUACUUGGCUUCAAACCGGUGAUGCAAAAAUUCCUGCAUGAACACGUGGACCUUCAAGUCAGUGCACUCUAUGCACUGCAAGUCCACUGCAACGCCCAUGCUUUCCCCAAAGGAAUGUUACUGCGCUACUUUGUCAACUUCUAUGAUAUGGAGAUAAUUGAAGAAGAGGCCUUCCUAGCAUGGAAAGAAGAUAUUGCCCAAGAGUUUCCAGGGAAGGGAAAAGCAUUGUUCCAGGUGAACCAGUGGCUCACCUGGCUGGAGACUGCGGAAGAGGAAGAGUCUGAGGAGGAAGCGGACUAAAGAACCAGCCAAAGCCUUGAUGUACUCUCCUCUGCGAUCUCUCCCUUUUCGUUUCUCCAUCUCUCCUUUCACCUGCCGCAGUUCAUUCCAUGCUGCUGUUUCCUGCAGUGUCAAGCCAACGUAUUAUUCACGCUUCUCUUUGGCCUCAUUGUUUAAAGCAUGUAAUGACUAGCAUCUGUUCAGACCCACCACACACAAAUGGUAUUAGCAGCUUGAAACUGCAUUUCUUUUUUUGCUUUUAAAAACAUGUAUUUGCAAGAGCCUUUUCUGCUGCUGUUCGUUUCACCACAAAACUAUAGAAAUGCACUUUUGCUCAGUGUCAUAUUUUGAGUUGCUGCAAUAUUCAGUUUUGUUUGUUACAAUGAAUCCUCAGUAGUCAUUGGUUACCAUAAUAUUGUUUAGUGGAUGCUUUUCCUCAUACCUCACCGUGAUGGGUGUAGUGUGCUGUGUGUGUGACGGAGUCUAAUGGAAAAUUCUCCAGAUCUGCAAAGUGCUCGAGUCUGUGAAACAGGAAAAAUGGUUUACUUUCCAGUUAUGAUUGUAAAAGUGUUUUUUUUCUUCUUCUUCUUUCUUUUCCUUCCCCUACUAUUUCUAAUAAUUAACAAAGCCAUGUGGGAGAGAUGAAAUUAUGCAGCCUUUUUUUUUUUUUUUUUCUUUCAAACCCAUAAGCGCUCGUCAAGCUGAUACUUGAAUAUUUUUUUUUCUUUACAGCAUGUGCAGGGAUUACCAAACACAGCCUGUUUAGAUGCAACAAUUUGAUCCAAACAGAAAUGUGUAAUUUUUAAUGCAUUUUAAUUGGUAAAAUAAAGAUGAAACGAGAUGAGAAUUUUGGUAUGGAUGUUCAAUAUACAAAUCACUGUUUUACAACCUGUUUUCCCAUGAUGGAUAUUAUACAUAUUUAUUUAAUCAUGAGGGGAAAUCAAAACUUUAUCAUUAGUUAGGACAACAAAUAAUGACCUGAUCAUGUGGUUUUGCUAUUUAAAGUGUUAGUUUAAGGGCUCAGAAUGUUCAGUGUGCCACUGUUGCUUUCAAUAAAGUUGCACACCAGCA